AUGAGGAGGACAACAGAAGACUGGGGCCUGUUCUCAACUUUGGAGGACCUGGACUUUGAGGACGACCUUGCGCUAAUGUCUCGCACACACCAGCAAACCUACGGACAGCAGGUGGGGCUACGUAUCAGUACGAAGAAGACGGAGACAAUGACACUUAAUGUGGAAUUGCCUGCUCCUGCUAAGGUUAAUGGUGAAGAACUAUGCCAGACAGACAACUUUAUUUACCUGGGUAGCAUCAUUAAACCAGAGGGCGGCACAAAGGAGGAUAUCCACAGCAGACUGGACAAGGCCAGGGGAGUAUUUAGAGAAAUGAACAACAUCUGGAGGUCUGCACAGUACAGCACUAGCACCAAGCUGAAGCUUUACCAGAGCUGUGUUGUAUCAACUCUCCUAUACGAAUCGGAAUGCUGGCGAAUAACAGAGACAGAUCUUACCAAGUUACAACCCUUCCACACCAUAUGCCUCCGCCGAAUACUUAGGAUAUUCUGGUCCAAGAAGGUUACUAAUGAAGACCUGCUGAGCAGGUGCAAAAAAGGGGACAUGAGUACCAUAAUUACCAAACGCCGAUGGAGAUGGAUAGGACAUGUUCUAAGAAAGGGCCCCCAGUCAACAACAAGAACAGCACUGCACUGCACACCAGAGGGAAAAAGAAAGAGAGAGAGGCAAAAGACAUAA